UGUCUUUUGUUAUUGUUAUUGUUCUUCUUCCGUUCUUUGAUGGAUUGCGGUUGUAGUGGAGUAGUGGCUACGGUUACAACUUACAAGGGAUGAUUUUUCGGCGGUAGACUGUGCGUCUCAAGACUUGGUGUCGCCAGUUGAAGAGCUAUGUACGGAUGGAGAGGUAGUUUAUGUGAUGGAAUUAUGAUGUGUAGUGUAGCGGACGUGUCAUUAGUGGUGGCAGUAGCAGUGGCGGAUUGUUGUUGGCGGUGAUGGCGUUGAUGUUUUAUAGUUUGGAGAAAACCAAGAAAGAUCAUGAGCCAAAUAAGAUAAUAGAAACAAAGGAACGAAUGUGGGAUGUAAUGUUUAAUACAAGAAAGAAAAGGAAGGGGUGGUUGAAGUGAAGGAUGGCGUCAUAAUGUUGUUCAAACGAUCGUCACUCUCAAGUGGAGUUUUGACUGGUGCGGGCGAGUAUAUGUCAUUGUUCUUUUACCACCGACCUACAACGCGUGGAUCCGCCACCAUGUUUUCGCGACUACAGAAUCUCUUUCAAUCUUUGGUUCCUGGCGUCAAGAACAAAUCUGCUACACAUAGCACAACCACUGUAGAUCCCGAUAAUAACGAUUUCCCUCGGACUAUGGCAUCAGCCCCUCCUAUCCAAGUUCAAAAACCAAGCCAGACUUUCGGAAUUGCUACUACUGCUGCUACUAAUGGUGACAGCAAAAGAGGAGUAAAACGUACGCGAGCAGAGCUGUAUGAAAGCAUAAAGUCAGAAGAGAGUGAAGGGGGUGAUGAAAACGUCUCUGCCGGACAAUCAAUCGCUAGUCGGCUACGAAGUCGUCGUAAGCUUGACAACAAUGCAGACGUUAUCCACAAACAAGCAACGCGAUCAAGUGAAGCAUCCGACAAAGAAGGAAACCAAGGAGAAGAAGAACACUCAGAUACCGACACAACGCGUUGUUGUUGUCCGUACAAGUCUUGUACUUAUUCCCCUAUAUGGUUAUGCCGAGUGUAUCGGCACAUCCGACAGAAGCACGACGCUGAAUUUCCAUUAAUGAAAGCCAACGAAUCUUAUAAUCGUGUAUUGAAAAAUAUAGAUGGAAAACGGAUAUUAUUCAAUGCUGCAUCACGGAAUCUAUUGGACGCAGGAGAGAAAAUUGUAAUUGAGUAUCCCAUAUCUGAAACCCCUCGCUACUAUUGUCCGUACAAGUCUUGUACUUCAUCAAGCACAGUAGUACGCUAUAUCCACUGGCACAUCCAAAAGAAGCAUGAUGGUGAUCUUCCAUUAUUGAAACGCAACGGAUCUGAUACUCGUGUAUUUAAAAAUAAAGAUGGAAAACGAAUAUCAUUUGAUGUUGCAUCUAAAGAUCUAUUGAAAACAGGAGAAAAAAUACAAAUUUGUUAUACAGAUCGACUCCCCCAGUCAUAAGGUACUGUUAGUGGUGUUACUUUACAUAUGAUUCUCUGUGGAAAAGCAUACUUUAUCUAUUAUCGAUCAGUUAACAUUAAUUCUGUAUCUUUACACUGAACACAGUAACGU